UUGAAAGGCAAGACUAGACAGUAGGCACUUUUACUGCUGGAUCCUCUAAAAUUAGGUGCCCGAGGUGGGUAUUAAAAACUUGAUCUUUAUAGACGUGGAUAAUCACGAAGUGGGCACAUUUGAUUGAUGUAAAGCAAUGAGAAAGUGUAAGAACCAGCUUAGGUUGAUAUGCUAGUUGUUAUCAGCAGCUUAAACCGUGAGUUUCUUUACAGAUGUUAUGGCAAUGAUUUUGCUGUCUAAGCUGAGAUUACCGAACUGCAGUCAGAAAGCUACUGUCUUGAUAGUGCUUCCUAUAGUAAAGUUCGCUAUUUGUUGCUCAGUUCUGAUUGCCAAUCGGUUUUCAAUAGGUAUCUUCGGCAAAAUUUGGCACUGGUAGCAUCUGGUUUCAGCUGACUGUGUCCCUGAUAUUUUCAUGGCUGCUGGAGUUUUUUGCCAGAUUGAUGUGCAUACCGUCACAAAAAAUUCUCCUUCCACUGGUGUUUCCUUUACACAUACUGUGCCUCAUGGGGCUGAAAUCUCACGUUUCGGUGGUAGUCCUGCUUCACUAGAUGGUUAUCCGGAAUCUUCAAUCAACAAGCCAGCAGAUUGCAAUUCCCUUAAAGAUGUACACAUUUCAGCUAGGUUGCUGGAAGAUUUUCUUGACCUUGCGAUUGAGAACACCAAAAACAGUUUAGAGACCUGUGGAGUUCUUGGUGCCUGCCUUGAAGAGAGGAACAUUUAUGUGACCAAUUUGAUAGUGCCUAAACAAGAAUCCACACCCAACUCUUGUCAAGCGUUAAAUGAGGAGGAGAUAUUUGCCAUACAAAGUCAACAGUCCCUUGUUCCGAUUGGAUGGAUUCAUACGCAUCCUUCCCAAAGCUGCUUCAUGUCAUCAGUCGAUUUGCACACUCAAUAUUCAUAUCAGGUUAUGGUACCUGAGGCUGUUGGCAUUGUUCUGGCUCCAAAUGACGAGUCAAGGAAAUAUGGCGUAUUUAGACUGUCUGACCCUGUUGGGAUGAGCAUCCUGAAGGAGUGCAAAGAGAAGGGAUUUCAUUCUCAUGCACAACCAGCUGACGGAAGUUCCAUAUAUGAGAACUGUUCCAAUGUCUAUAUGAAUCCAAAUCUGAGAUUGGAAGUAUGUGAUUUACGAUGAGGCUGCCGUGACAUCUUGCCUUCUUUCGUCAUUCAUUCUAUGUUUUGUGGAGUAUUAAAAUACUCAAAAACAGACUACGGUGCAGGACAGGAUACAUAUGAUCAAACACUAAAAAGAAAAGUGGUUACAUUCAGAAGGGCACAUUUCUCUGUGUGGUGUGUCUGUUUAAGAUGCCAGUGAACUUGAUUUGUGUGUAUAUUACAAUGCAGCUGAAGAUUUCAGAAAGUUUCUGAGGAAUGGAACUUUUUAUCGUGGUGUAACAUGUGUUUGUCUUCCCUUGAUACUAGGUUUUUUUUUUGUCUUCCCCCUCGUCACUUGAUUUGAUGUUUCUGGCCUCUUAUGCCGUAGGACCAAGAAUUUGUGCCUCGGUGAUACUGUAGCCAUGAUCUAGUUUUUUCAAUAUAACUCAAGUUGUAUUAGCAAUUUA